UCUUUUUGCCUUUCUCUUUCCAAGUGUACUCGAGUAUACGAAUGCUUGUUUCGUUUCGAACCAUUUCGAACUAAAGAAAUAUAACGCGGUGACAAUAAAGAGAACAUGUUUUGCGGUUAUUCUCGGACGCGAACGCUCGAUCUCUCUCCUCUAGUCUCGUUUCGGUUAUAACCUCUUUGUCGAAGCUCCACGCUAAGGAGCGAUCUCGAAAAAGUAUUUCACUGCUAUUUUAUUAGCAGAGUAAGUGUAUAUACUCGAGCUAAUAAAGAGGAAAAGCUAAUCUAAAGUGAACAUAACUUUUAUUAAGAAGACACGACAAAACAGUCUGGAAGAUUAUAGCUGUACAUACACGUACAAAAUGGGUGCUACGUAAUUUAACGUAAGGUUAAAGCUGCGGUCCUCUUCAACUGGAGUGGACAUUUAGAAAGAAAGAUUGCCAUUGUUAUUGCAAUAUGCAUCCCCGACUCUUGUUGAACUUUUGCGAACGAUCUUUACACCGCGUUUCGUGCGGCGUUAGACUGAAUGUUAAAAGAUUGAGCCACGUUGCGGGCAAUGAUGAGAAGCGGCAGGCUGCUCCAGCAAGCUCCGGCAAGGAAAUUGCCUCCGCGAGGUUUCCCGAGUACAAAGUUAUCUAUAUGCUUCCCUUCAUCAGACAAGCUUCCAACAUAAACGUUGUGAAGUACCGAUGUACUUUACUCGUUGGCGCAGCUACGCCUGCGAUCGUUGGGCUUUGCCUAACUGGUAUCCUGUCUCUCGACACCACUCUCGCAUCAAUAACAUCUGGAGCUUUACUGACAGCAUGGCUGCACACCAUUGGAAUUCUGUGCAACAACCUCGUAGGAUACGUGUACUUGAAACUGGAUGAAGAAAAGGCGAUAUUAUCUUACAUAGACUAUUGGGGAAAGAGGAUAGACUUGGAAAUAUCUGCCAAUGAAAUCUUGCCUGUAUCAGAUAAUCCGAUCAGAAUCACCGAUGCCCUGUAUAGAAAAAUAAUAUUCCCCUCGCGAAACCAGAGCUUAAAGAUAAAUAUUAAGUUCGGGCGGAUAAUCGACGAAGAAAACUUUAGGUGUAUUCUGGGAAUGCCCUGAUGGAAAUAUUUUAAUGGAGAUAAAAGCUUUCGAAAAAUUUACUGGAUACAUCUA